AUGAGCACCAAAAAGGAAGUAGAGCAGCAUCGCCGCGAGAUUGAAGGAGUGUCGAUGGUUGGGAAGUCUGCCGUCAUUAUUGGUGGCACUCAAGGAAUUGGUCUUGGAGUCGCUCUAUCUUUGGCUCGAUUGGGUGCCUCAGUGACAAUUGUUGGACGAAAUGCUGAACUUGGUCAACAAGCGGUCACUAGGCUGACUGCGUUGAGCCCCAGCAAUGCAAAAGCCAAAUUUGCAUUUGCCAAAGUCGAUGCGACGAGUAUGAAGGAGCUGAAAGAGUUUGCAGCUCAGUAUGCUGAAGCAAAUAAGGAUGGCUUGGACUACUUUGUACAUACUGCGGGCGUCAUGGCUUUCCCUGGAGGCAAAGUGGUUGAGACAGCAGAGGGAGUGGAAUACAACUUUGCGCUCAUGUAUCUUUCUAGAUUCGCUGCCACGAAUUUACUUCUCCCUCUGCUGAAACUGAAGGAAGGAAGCCGAGUCCUGUAUACUUUCCUACCAGCAUUCAAGGGCCAAAAGAUGGACUAUGACGACAUUGAAUCCAAAAAAUCAGGACGCCUCUCAAUGUCUAGCUGCCUCCCCUUAACUGUAGAUCUCCUGACAGAAGCACUAGCGCAACGAGCUCCACAAGUGUCAUUUAUUCAUAUGCAACCGGGUUGGGUAAUCACGGAUCUGCUAAACAAUUCAAAGAUAAAAGGUGUUACUAGUUAUAUCAUCAAUGGGUUGACAUGGUUGCUGUUGCCUCCCGGCAAGACGAUUGAGGAGUUUGGGGAUACGGCUAUUGUUGUGCUGACAAGGUCAGAGUUCUCGGCGGCAAAUUCGCCACUGCUUUUAAGCGCCAAGCUGGAAAAGCUCAAGAUGAUUAAGUGGGCUGCUGAGCAUCCUGAAGCCAAAGAUAAGCUUUGGGAGUAUUCGGCAAAAAUAUCUGGGAUAGGUGGGACAGGCUUGUAA